AUGGGUCGUCAUAAAAAAGAAAAACCAAACGGAAUACCAAAUUGUAAAGAAUUUACACCUGCAAUGUCUGAAGUGAGCACAAAUAAUUUCAUUUUCUAUAAUGGCCCAAAUAAUUCCAAUAAUAAUAAUACAAACCACUCUUCCAAAACUAAAAAACAAACAAAUUUAAUUAAUAAUCAUUCUAAUAGUAGUAGUAGUAAUAGUAGUGGUAGUAGUAAUCAAGAUCAAAUUUAUAAUUAUCAAGCCUAUCAUAUCAAUAAUAAUAUUACUACUGGUAAUGUAGGUGGUUCAAGAUCAAACCAAACUAGUCAUCAAGUUAGUGAAGUAGUUAAUAACUCUCUCAAUAAUAGUAAUACCAACACUACUAAUGGUGUAUCAAUGUAUUUACAAAAUCCAUAUCUAUUAUAUAGUAUUAUGAAUUUAGGAAAUAAUCAAUUAAAUUUAUCUAAUCAAUUAAAAAGUGAUCAACCAAAUCAUAAUUAUUCAUAUAUGAAUAACUUUGGAUUAAAUACAACAACAACAACUAAUACUGCUAGUAGUAACAUUACUAUGAAUAAUAAUAAUAGUCAAAUAACUAAUAAUACAUCAACUCAUCAAAAAAGUGAGAGUAGCGUAUUUCCUUUGAAACUUGAUAUUGAGGAAUUACUAAAUUCAAUAUAUUUUGAAUAA